AUGCAACCCCUACCUAACAGCAAUGGUGCCGCCGCCGGACGGGACUCUAAGAUGAAGUUAUGGGAUGUCGUGGCUGUCUGCCUGGUGCUGCUCCACACCGCGUCCGCCUUCCCGCUGCCCGCCGGUAAGAGGCCUCCCGAGGUGCCCGCCGAAGACCGCUCCCUCGGCCGCCGCCGCGCGCCCUUCGCGCUGAGCAGUGACUCGAAUAUGCCGGAGGAUUAUCCUGAUCAGUUUGACGACGUCAUGGAUUUUAUUCAAGCCACCAUCAGAAGACUGAAAAGGUCACCCGAGAAACAAAUGGUCGUGCCGCCAAGAAGAGAGCGGAAUCGACAGGCGGCGGCUGCCAAUCCGGAGAAUUCCAGAGGGAAAGGUCGGCGCGGCCAGAGGGGCAGAAAUCGGGGUUGUGUCUUAACUGCGAUACAUUUAAAUGUCACCGACCUGGGUUUGGGCUACGAAACCAAGGAGGAACUGAUUUUCAGGUACUGCAGCGGCUCCUGCGAUGCAGCCGAGACAAUGUACGACAAAAUAUUAAAAAACUUAUCCAGAAACAGAAGGCUGGUGAGUGACAAAGUAGGGCAGGCAUGUUGCAGACCCAUCGCCUAUGAUGACGACCUGUCGUUUUUAGAUGACAACCUGGUUUACCAUAUUCUAAAAAAGCAUUCCGCUAAAAGGUGUGGAUGUAUCUGACUCGGGCUCCAGAGACCAUUGUGUAUUGCAUUCCUGCUACAGUGCAAAGAAAGGGACCAAGGUUCCCAGGAAAUGUUUGCCCAGAACGAAAGAUGAGGACCAAGGAGACAGAGGAGGAGGAGGAGGAGCGAGGAGGAGGAGAAGAGGAGGAAGGCAGCCAUUGGGGGAGCCUGGUAGAGGGAGAUCCAGCCACGGAGAACUGGACGGGAGAGAAAACAGCCAUCCGGCUUCUCCGGCCGGCUGCCGACGCCACCAGAAGCUCAGGGCUGGUGUCCCUGGCGGGGCGCUUCCUUUCAUCUGACACAGCCCACCAUCACCGGUCAUGGGCACAGUUGCGGAUGCACUUGAAACCAAACCAGUGUAUCUCCUGUGGUUUAUUUUCACACGUCUGGAGACACCCGGGGAAAUGGUAAUCCUGGUGUCAUUCCUUGUCAUUACAUUUUACUGCUGAAAGCAAGAAAGGUUUAUUUUUCUGUCACUCAGCGGAGACACACCCUAGGAAGGAGGAAGGAGAAGCGACAGCAGCGAAGACACAAGAGAUCGUUGUCUUUGAAUUAGGAAGUUGAGGCCUGCGGUUUACUACAGCCAGCGUUUUUGUGAACAGUCGGUGAUUGAGUUCGGACCUGGUGUGUGGGGUGGGAAGUUGGCUAGGAACCAAAAAGGCUGUCCUCCUGACUAAAACCAAACCUGAAGCUAUUUCCUUUAUGUCCUUGGAAACAGGAAGCCAGUUUCCGGCAGCAUUCUUGCAGGAGAGCGGAGUGGGGACAGCCCCCAGCUGCACCGGGGCGGGGAGAGAGGCCGGUUUACAGAGAGACAGAUGUUACAUACACCCCAGCUCCGUUUAUGCGUGGUCACAGUGACCAGAGAAGCUACUCGAUGCAAUGCAUCUGUUUCAGAUACAGAAAUAUAGAGAAGAUAUUUAUUGAGAUUUAAGUUAUUGUUAUUUAUUACCAUUCACUAAUGAGUUUCUCUUUUCUUCCCCUUAUUUAUUAAAGUUUCUUUUCGAAGGUGCCAAAGUCUAUGUGCUCGCAAAAUGCAAAGAAAGGUGACAAAGGAAAUUUUUAAAUUGGGAACAAGGGUCCAUGCUUUUCAAAGUAUUAAACAGUUUUUUGCUAGGCAAAAAUCACUUACUUUACCUUUUUAAGAAAAAAACCCUCGUUCAUCUCCCCAGUUGCAGCAUCUUCCCUGUUUUUAUUUUCAAAAAAAGGGAAUGUGUCAGAAGGAGCGCUUCUGACAGGCCCCUUCCCAGGGGCAGUGUGCCAAGACCGGCCGGGCGGCUUGGUUUCCUCACUGCCCCCUCGCUGUGCAGAUGUGCCACAUCCGCCCCUUUCUGUGGUUCGUAGGCCCUCGCUCCCUUCCACGUGUAUCUAUCCAUGACAUGCAUAACUGCACAUAGGAAAGGUUAAAGUCCUUUUUUGUAGGUAGUCUUGGAUUCAGUGUUGACCUAAAAGUAAAAUAAAACUCCUGUCAGGUAACCAGGGUCCUGCCCUGACUCGUGGACACUCUUCCUCCAUCCUUCCAUCCACCCACCGUCUUCUAGAGAAACGUCCCGAUGCCCAGUGCGAGCCAGCCUUCCAGAAAUGGGAUGGGCCUGGUUGCCCUAAAAGCCCCUUGGCUGUGGCCUUGUGGGGCAACAGUUGCUGUCCCUGUCAGGAGAAGGUGGCUCAGAAGGGAGGCCGAGGAACUCGUGUCUGGCCCAGCCACAUAAGCACUGCAAGUCUCAUGUCCACAAAAUGCACUCCCCGUGUGCUGGAAGCCUUUGGGGGGCAGGGGGCCUAGGAUGGAACCGGCAUCUGGCCUGAGUCCCGGAGGAGUGUUCGCCCUGCCGCUGACCCUGCACGAUGCCCUGGGCCCUGGAUCAGCAUGUGUUGUGUGUGUCACAAAAGGCAUUUUUAUCAAGGAAAUCAUCUAUCACUACCUGAGUGGCUAUUAGCCCCAAAGUAUGACAGAUUGAGGGAUCAAAUGGCCUACUGGCCUCCCUCCAAUAAUCAUGUUAAUUUCACAAAAUAACCGAGAGACAGCAUUUACCAGAUAGCCCUGCUCCCAAGCCCCCGAAAACCCAAGUUCGCCCUCAUUCCGUCCCUUUCUGUCCUUCCUGCUCCCUUUGCAUGACUUGGAAAUAAAAGGAAAGGACCUCCCUCCCGCCCUCUCCUAGGGCCAGGGCCGAGACCUUGUGAAGAACACCGGCCCUCUGGUCAUUCAUGAGGCAUGAUUUGGAGCAGCCCCAGGAUCAUCUGUCUGAUUCAGAGAAUCUGGUAGAUUUGGGGCUCGUGUCCCCAGGCGUCAGGCUCAGUUAUCUGUACCCCACCCCCAGCGACCUCAAGUCCCACAGAGACUCCCCAGCCACAGGCACCCUAGGAUACUGUGGAUGUUGACAACUCGUUCCCAGCAUCACCUACACACCACAAGCGAGUUUUAACUGAAGCAAAUCACUCCAAAUCCGCAAAAGGGUAAAGUGUGUGAUUUUUCUAUAUCCUUGCGAUUACCAUCUAAUCCGGUCGAGAGCGCACUUCUUGAGAAGCUCCGGCUUCUCCGACCUGUCCUAGUCGUUUGUGUUAUACAACCAAAGUUCUCUACAGACUUUAUUUUUGUACAAUAUCAUUUUGUAACUUUUUACAAAUAAAAGCUCAUUUCUAUUGC